GAGAGUGUGUGUUACUCCGCUUGACUCUGCAGAUGGCAGCAUCUGAUCUCCGGUCAGUGUCUCCGUCUGCCGGUCUGCUGUCCCUCAGUAUCUGCGGUUCUCCGUCAUUAUAAUCCCGUCUCUGAAGCCGGCGUCAUGGCGCCCGUGAGGAGGCUCCUCUGCUGCGCUUCUGCCCGCGACUGAAGCGGCUCCGGUGGCGGACACACACACGGCAGCACCGCGGACACGAGGACCGGACACCGACCGCUGACUACCGGCUGAACAGAGGCCGAGGAUGGUGGAGCAGGGACAGGCGGGACGCAGGCUGGGGGCUCCGGAGAGUUUGGGCAUCAGCACACUGGAGCCCGGACACAAGCCGCCAGCCAUGCCAGCGGGGCGCCUGAUGCCCAUCAGAGUGCUGCUGCUGGACGACUCAGAGCAGAUCUUCGACAUAUCUUACCGAUCGUCUGGACGGGUGUUGUUUGAUAUGGUCUGCCUGCAUCUGAACCUGGUGGAGGGCGAUUACUUUGGCCUGCAGUUUCAUAAUCAUCACAGAAAGAUGGUCUGGCUGGAUUUACUAAAGCCCAUUAGAAAGCAGAUCACACGGCCCAAACACACUGUCCUUCGGUUCAUUGUGAAGUUUUUCCCUCCGGAUCAGUCUGUGCUGUUGGAGGAGUUGACCAGAUACUUGUUUGCUCUGCAGGUCAGGCAGGAUCUGGGAAGUGGACGUCUGACCUGCAGUGACUCCAGCGCCGCUCUGCUGGUGUCUCACAUCAUCCAGUCUGAGAUUGGAGAUUUUGAAGAGACUCAGUGCAGACAGCAUCUGCUCAACACCAACUACAUGCCUGACCAGAUGGCGCUGAUGGACAAAAUCAUGGAGUUCCACCUCAAACACAAGGGUCAGACACCAGCAGAGUCAGACUACCGUUUGCUGGAGCUGGCCUGCAGGCUGGAGAUGUACGGCAUCAGACUUCAUCCAGCAAAGGACAGAGAAGGAAAUAAAGUCAGUCUGUCUGUUGCACACGGCGGAGUCCUGGUGUUUCAGGGUCACAACAGGAUCAACAGCUUCAACUGGUCUGCGAUUCGCAAGCUGAGCUUUAAGAGACGGAGGUUUCUCAUCAAGCUGAGAGCAGACCCUACUCAAAAUGUGAGUCCAGACACUCUGGAGUUUUUGAUGGCGAGUCGGGACUGCUGUAAGAUGUUCUGGAAGAUCAGUGUGGAGAAUCACGCCUUCUUCAGGCUCUUCGAGGAGCCCAGACCCAAACCUAAAGCAGUGCUGUUCAGCAGAGGCUCUUCCUUCAGGUUCAGCGGUCGGACACAGAAGCAGGUGAUUGAUUAUGUGAAGGAAAAUGAGUUUAAGAAGCUGCCCUUCGACAGGAAGCACAGUCGAGUGCAGUGCAACAGCAGUCUAUCUCCUCUGGGCUCUGCACAGCACCAAGUGCCAAAUCAAGCUGCCAAGCAGAGUUGGGAGGGUGCAUUUUUAGUGAGCUCAGAAGAUUCUGCUGUAUUAAGGCCAUGUGGAAACUCCUCUCCGUCAACCCAGCGCAACGGAUGCAGUGACCAAACGUACCCCGUUCAGGAGGACAGCAGGAGUCCAGCAGCAAAGCAGCAGCAGGCCGUGGAUCGAGCAGGUCUGGCGUCCCGUGCAGCUAAAGGCAGCAGCUCAUCCAUCCCGUACAUUGACUGCAGCGAUGCAGAGUUUAGUGAGCAUGAAGUCAGAGGUCGCGUCAGCAGGUCGCACUCACACACACGUGACGGCAACAGUGAUUGCACAGGGUUUAGUUUGCCCAGACUACAUCAGCAGGACAGAUACUUCGGCAAGUUCAGGCAGAAAGAAUCUCCGCCUCUUUCCCCUGUAAGUCAAGCUGAAAGCCCCGCCCACAGCUAUCCCAGCCCCUCCUCUCCAAAUCAGAGUGCUAGCAUCUUUGAGUCGUCCUUGUUUGGUGGCCGUGUACGAGGGCCACUUCAUAGCACCUUAUUGGAAGAGUUGGCCACAAAGAGUAACUUAAAUCACCACACCGGCACCAGAAGCCUGACCUCUAGCCCUGCCCCCUCUUCCAUUCACAGGACGGGCUCACUAAGCCACGCCCAGUAUAACGGACAUGCUGGGCGGAGCGUCAGUUCAAAAGCCGGACGGGAAGACAGGGGUGGACUUUUUAGUAGCUGCUCCCCGAUUAUGAAUCGUUCCUCAAACAAGUCCCAGAAUACAGUCAGCCAGCUAGACAGGAACUUGCGUGUGCUGAAUCAGCCACACACCCCAGUUCUGUCCCGUUCUGAGAGGAUGGCCAUGCUGGAGCGCAGAAUGCUAGCCAAUGGGCUCACGCCUCCUGGCAAGGCCAGUCUUAAGCUAAGUUCCCCUCACCGGCGGUUUGGGGCUGUGCAAAUGAUCGACGGCUCCACCAGUAGUGGAACCGACACUAGCGACUCUGAGGAGGCGGAGUCUACUGGCUCCUGCAGCCAAUCGCUAGGCUUUGAAAACCAAGCUGGCAAUAGCUCCUCCCCCCUCCCCAGAAACAAAUACUCGUUCGGGAGCUUGGAGCUAGAUGAGCUUGAUAAUGAAGGCGAGUGUGUGAACCUAAGUGAUGAGGAAGGGAUGCAAGUGUUUAGCUGCUAGCAUGCUAGUGUAAAGACAUCAGUGCGGUGUGUUUCUCAGCAUUUCCGCAGUUUUCUUUUUCUGUAACCUGAGAUGGCCUUAGCUGUGUGAAGGAAGGCGAACUUUCUUCUCUGUCUUGAGGCAAGACUUUCUACAGUUCUUGCAUCUAAAUUCAGCAAGAAGAAACAUUUAUGGUGCCAAGUCUCUGCACGGAAUGCUAAAUAUUCGCAGUUCUGAUGCUGCAAUUAUCUGGAAUGUUUCAGAGGGAUGUUGUCAGUCCUUGAGGUAACUUCAGGAUUGGGUUGGAGACAUGCAUAGAUCUGACCAAAUGAGGUAUGUUCCUGAAUCCAGAUCCUCAUUGGUCUUUUCUUGUGGACUGUUUAGAUCAGGGGUGGCCAACCCUGUUCCUGGAGAGCCACCUUCCUGCAGAUUUCAGUUGCUAC